CCUGCGCGCCUGCGCGAGGGCGGGCUGCAGGCGGGCACGCGCGGCGGGGGCGGGCUCAGCCGAGUGCGGAGCUGCAGCCUCGGAACCGGACGUGUCCGCGAAGAUGGCGGGCCGGAGUAUGCAAGCUGCGAGAUGCCCUACUGAUGAACUGUCUUUAAGCAACUGUGCAGUUGUGAACGAGAAGGAUUACCAGUCUGGCCAGCAUGUGAUCGUGAGGACGUCCCCCAAUCACAAAUACAUAUUUACGCUGCGGACCCACCCAUCCGUGGUUCCAGGGAGCAUUGCAUUCAGCUUACCCCAGCGAAAAUGGGCUGGACUUUCUAUUGGGCAGGAAAUAGACGUCGCCUUGUACUCAUUUGACAAAGCCAAGCAGUGCAUUGGCACGAUGACCAUCGAGAUUGACUUUCUGCAGAAGAAGAACAUCGACUCCAACCCCUAUGACACUGACAAGAUGGCCGCAGAAUUCAUCCAGCAGUUCAACAACCAGGCUUUCUCAGUGGGACAGCAGCUUGUCUUUAGCUUCAAUGAUAAGCUUUUUGGGUUACUAGUGAAGGACAUUGAAGCCAUGGACCCUAGCAUCCUGAAGGGAGAGCCUGCGUCAGGCAAAAGGCAGAAGAUUGAAGUAGGGCUGGUUGUUGGAAACAGUCAAGUUGCAUUUGAAAAAGCAGAAAAUUCAUCGCUCAAUCUUAUUGGCAAAGCUAAAACCAAGGAAAAUCGCCAGUCGAUCAUCAAUCCUGACUGGAACUUUGAGAAAAUGGGGAUCGGCGGUCUGGAUAAGGAGUUUUCUGAUAUUUUCCGGCGAGCAUUUGCUUCUCGGGUAUUCCCUCCAGAGAUCGUGGAGCAAAUGGGUUGUAAACACGUUAAAGGCAUCCUGUUGUACGGACCCCCUGGUUGCGGUAAGACUCUCUUGGCUCGACAGAUUGGCAAGAUGCUGAAUGCAAGAGAACCCAAGGUGGUCAAUGGGCCAGAAAUCCUUAACAAAUAUGUGGGAGAAUCGGAGGCCAAUAUUCGUAAACUUUUUGCUGACGCUGAAGAGGAGCAAAGGAGGCUUGGUGCUAACAGUGGCUUGCAUAUCAUCAUCUUUGAUGAAAUCGAUGCCAUCUGCAAGCAAAGAGGGAGCAUGGCUGGUAGCACAGGCGUUCAUGACACUGUGGUCAACCAGCUACUGUCCAAGAUUGAUGGCGUUGAGCAGCUGAACAACAUCCUCGUCAUUGGAAUGACCAAUAGACCAGAUUUGAUAGAUGAGGCUCUCCUUCGACCUGGAAGACUGGAAGUUAAAAUGGAGAUAGGCUUGCCAGAUGAGAAGGGCCGACUGCAGAUCCUUCACAUCCACACAGCCAGGAUGAGAGGGCACCAGCUGCUGUCUGCGGACGUGGACAUCAAGGAACUGGCCGUGGAGACGAAGAAUUUCAGUGGUGCCGAGCUGGAAGGCCUAGUGCGAGCAGCGCAGUCCACGGCCAUGAACAGACACAUAAAGGCCAGUACGAAAGUGGAAGUAGACAUGGAGAAAGCAGAGAGUCUGCAGGUGACAAGAGGAGACUUCCUGGCUUCUUUGGAGAAUGACAUCAAACCGGCAUUUGGCACAAACCAAGAGGAUUAUGCAAGUUACAUUAUGAAUGGAAUCAUCAAGUGGGGUGACCCCGUGACCCGUGUCCUGGAUGAUGGAGAGCUGCUGGUCCAGCAAACUAAAAACAGUGACCGUACACCACUGGUCAGCGUCCUUCUGGAAGGCCCUCCUCACAGCGGGAAGACUGCCCUCGCUGCAAAGAUCGCAGAGGAAUCCAACUUCCCCUUCAUCAAGAUCUGCUCCCCGGAUAAGAUGAUCGGCUUCUCUGAGACUGCCAAGUGUCAGGCCAUGAAGAAGAUCUUUGAUGACGCAUACAAAUCUCAGCUCAGUUGUGUGGUCGUGGAUGACAUUGAAAGACUGCUUGAUUACGUCCCCAUUGGCCCCCGGUUCUCCAACCUGGUGCUGCAGGCUCUUCUUGUGUUACUGAAGAAAGCGCCUCCUCAGGGCCGCAAACUUCUCAUCAUCGGGACCACCAGCCGCAAAGAUGUCCUUCAGGAAAUGGAGAUGCUUCAUGCCUUCAGCACCACCAUCCACGUGCCCAACAUCGCCACGGGAGAGCAGCUGCUGGAAGCUUUGGAGCUUUUGGGCAACUUCAAAGAUAAGGAACGCACCACGAUUGCUCAGCAAGUCAAAGGGAAAAAGGUCUGGAUAGGAAUCAAGAAGUUACUAAUGUUGAUUGAGAUGUCCCUGCAGAUGGAUCCUGAGUACCGCGUGAGGAAAUUCUUGGCCCUCUUGAGAGAAGAAGGCGCUAGCCCCCUGGACUUUGAUUGAAAACGGACUGUUUACAGCAGUGACCAAGGGAAGUGACCAAGGUGAAGAUGGCCUGGGUUCGUCACUCAGCGUACUCACGACAGCGAAUGGAGUGAACCGCUCGUCACCCUCAGCGCUCUUGUUCUGCAUGAUUAGUGCGGCCACCUCCCUCGUGCUCCUGACAUCCUCGUGUUUCCUGGAAGGUGUGAACUUCUUUAGGCUACUCCGCUUGCCCUCCCAUGCUAGCUAAGAUGAUCCCUGCCUAUGUGGGAGGCAUGUUGCACCUGUGCACACUGCUCCCGCCACGCCCACCCCCAGAAAAUGCUCGGCCUACCAGCAGGUAGGCUUCUCCACAUGACCAAGCGCAAAGGUAGACGUCCCGAGGGGCUCACUUGGUGUUCCUCCUUGCUAAUGGCUGUGUGUCUGGUUAAAAGGUUCUUCCACAGAAUGGUGUUAUCUGUGCCUAAAGAAGCAGGCUUUGAAUACCUAAGAUGUUGUUCUCAAUAAUUUUCAGAUAUAUUUCCAAGUCGCAAUCAGGAGAGCUUCCCUAAUCGGAAGUCUGAUCAUUCCUGCCAUGGCUGUGAUAUGCCCUGAGUGUAAUUAAUUUGUUCUGUGGUAAGAGAUAUGCUAAUCAUUACCACUUGGUAGAUGCUGUUAAAACCUUAUGAAAGAUACAUAUGGAAAGCUGUACAUCCCUAAACAGAAAAAAAUAUUAAAAUAAUCUACAAGCCUCUCAGCUCCAAUUAGUGUCCAACUCUAAGUGGGUCAGCUCCUUGGGAUGAUGUCAGAGGCUUAUUAGGGCCAUAUUCUUCCUUUUCCUCAGCCGAAUGGCUUACAAUUUCCUCUCCCUGUAUCUCAAGCGAUCUGUAAUGUCUAAAGCACAUAACUAAGACACUAUUAUCCAGUGAAGCCAGCCACCUCCUCGUCCUCUCCCUCAGUCCUUGAAUAUCCAUUCCAGUGCAUUCCGUUCUUCCGAAACAGGAGGAACUCACCCAGCCCUUUGGAGGGAGAUUUGUCUAAUCAGUGGGUUAGAAGAAAUUUAAUUAGGUCGCCAUUCAUGGUGAUGAGUCUUAGGGAGCAUGCCCCUCUCCCCACUACUGCUGCUGCUUAAAACACAAAGACAGUGAUCAGAAGCCAGUCAGGGGGCUUGAUGCCACAGGGGCACCUGGGUGUAUGUCUCUGACACUGUCUCCACGGUAGAAGGCAAAUCAUCUCCUAAUCUUGCUAUCUGUGUACUUCAUUUUGGGUUUUCAUCCCUGGCUUAUUUUGUGGCUUUAGAAGAGUGAAUUGUGAAACUGUGAUGCCCGUGGCCAGUACUGUGGUCCCUGUCCAUCACCAUGGUCCCUGUUGUCUGUGGUCCUGACUCUCCUAUCAACAAAGCCGUGUAUGGAUUAACUUAUGUUUCUUGUUCAAUGAAGUUAAUGUCUUGUGUUUUUGUCCAAAAUUAUAUUGAAAAAAGAUAAAUAUUAUAUUGUGUAAUGCAAAUUGAAGGAAUGCAAUAAAGAGUAAAUAUACUUGAAA